AUGGGCGGCACAGGCGGUGAGGGCAACGUCGAGCGCGGCAACCACGAGCACAUCGAGAACGUCGAGAUCACUCGGUCGCGCAAACUGUGGGUGGCCUUCACGUGGAUGACCAGCUUUUGGAUCCCCUCGCCGCUGCUUAGCUUUUGUGGGCGCAUGAAGCGGCCGGACGUACGCAUGGCGUGGCGCGAGAAGUUUGCCAUUUGCACUAUCAUUGUAUUUAUGUGGGCUGCCCUGCUGUUCAUAAUCAUCGGUCUUGGUCUCAUUCUGUGCCCGAGGCAGUACGUGUGGACAGAGCAGGACAUCAGCAACAUCAACGAUGCCAAAAAGUCGUACAUGUCGGUGCGUGGAAGCGUCUAUGAUAUCACCGACUUUAUCAAGCAGAACGGCCACGGCAAUUCCGCGCACCCAGGCCGCACAGAUUUACUCGCCCAGUAUGCCGGCUAUGACACCAACGCGUCAUUCCCUGUUAUUGCGCGCGCGGCAUGCCCGGAGCUAGUUUCCGAAGCCGUUGACCCAAGCUACACGAUGUUCUUCCCGGUGCGUGGCGCCUCGUCCAACAUUGAUCCGGUGGCAUCAAACCUGUUUCCGCACUACUCGCAGAGCGACCCCCGCUCGGAGAAGCUCACGGACCCUGACUUUUACUCAGCUUACUUUUUGCCGACCAUGGAGAAAUUCAAGAAGGGCGGCGUCGUGUGGAAGUUUGACUGGAUCAACUGGAUGUACAAGCAGCAGUCGCAGGCCUGGCGUGUCAUCAACAAGGAGGUGUUCAACCUGCAGCCUUAUGUCGAUGCCAUCAACUACCAGGGCAACCUGAACAACAAGUACAACAUCCUGGACAGCCGCUUUGAGGAGAUAUUGAAACAAAGCGGUUACGGCACAGCGGAUAUUACCAAGGACUGGCUGGGCCUUAACUGGGACGCUGAGACUCGCGACAUCAACUACAACUGCAUGAAGGCGCUCUUCUAUGUUGGCACCGUAGACAACCGCCAGGACACGCGCUGCCUGGCGACCAACUACAUGCUCGUGGCAUUCGCAUGCGUGCUCAUGCUCGUCGUCAUGGUCAAGUUCAUCACCGCGCUGCAGUUCAACAAGAGGCCGCGCCCGACGCCGCCGGAUAAGUUUAUCGUUUGUCAGGUGCCCUGCUACACCGAGGACGAGGAAAGUAUUGCCAAGACCAUUAGCUCGCUGGCCGGCCUCGAGUACGCAGACAAGCAGAAGCUCAUUUUCAUCAUUUGCGACGGCAACAUUGUCGGCUCGGGUAACGAAAAGUCGACGCCGCGCAUUGUUCUUGACAUUCUGGGCGUCGAUCCCGAGUACGACCCUCCCAGCCGCGACUACCUGGCCAUUGCCGAGGGCUCGCGCCGUCACAAUAUUGGCAAGGUGUACUCUGGUCUGUACGAGUUCGAGGGCCACGUUGUGCCGUUUAUGGUUGUGGUUAAGGUCGGCACGCCCGAGGAAACCAACCGUUCCGGCAACCGCGGCAAGCGUGACUCCCAGAUCCUGCUCAUGUCGUUCUUCAACAAGGUUCACUUUAACCUGCCGAUGACGCCGCUGGAGCUCGAGAUCUACCACCAGAUGCGCCACAUCAUCGGUGUGCCGCCUAGGAACUUUGAGUACCUGCUGCAGGUCGAUGCCGAUACGGAGGUCAUGCCCGACUCGCUGUCGCGCUUGGUUUCGGCCUGCACGAGCGAUCGUCGUAUCAUUGGUAUUUGCGGCGAGACCAUGUUGGGUAACGAGAACCAGAGCUGGACAACGAUGACGCAGGUGUACGAAUACUUUAUCUCCCAUCACAUGUCCAAGGCGUUCGAGUCUCUGUUCGGCUCUGUCACUUGCUUGCCCGGUUGUUUCUGCAUGUACCGCCUACGCACGACCGACGGCAAGCCGCUGCUUAUCGCCAAACCUGUUCUCGAGGCAUACUCCGAGCUGCACGUCGACACGCUGCACAAGAAAAACCUUUUGUCGCUCGGCGAGGAUCGCUACCUGACCACACUGAUGAUGCAGUACUUCCCACAGUUCAAACUCAAGUUUAUUCAAGACGCAAAGUGCAAGACUAUUGCACCCGACAAAUGGUCCAUUCUGCUAUCGCAGCGUCGCCGCUGGAUUAACUCGACCAUCCAUAAUCUGGCCGAGCUCCUGUUCCUGCAGGACAUGUGCGGAUUCUGCUUCUUUUCAAUGCGCUUUGUCGUGUUCCUCGAUCUCUUUGGUACUAUCACGAUGCCGACGACGCUUAUGUACUUUGCCUACCUGAUCUACAUUGCCGCCACGGGUAUGGCCGAGGUUGGUUACAUCUCCUUGAUUCUCAUUGGUGCCAUUUAUGGCCUGCAAGCAGUAAUCUUUCUUCUACGCCGUGAGUGGCAGCAUAUCGGCUGGAUGAUCAUCUACCUGUGCGCCUACCCUCUGUGGUCAUUUGUCCUGCCCAUCUACUCGUUCUGGCACAUGGAUGAUUUCUCCUGGGGUAAUACGCGCGUGGUGGUCGGCGACGGCAAGCGCAAGAUCAUCAUUGAGGACGACAAACCCUUUGAUCCCGAGUCAAUCCCGCAGCGC